AUGUCAGAUACUUCGCCUCCUUUUGUUCUUCAACAAACCGUUGAAGGGGGACUGAAGUUUCUGAUGCUCGGGACUGUACUCUCUUCUUUCUUGAUACCAAUAGCAAUCAUGCUAUUUUACUUCUCGACAGCUCGUUUGAGACGACAACCUCUCUUCAUCUUGAAUUUUCUAGCUAUCCUCCUAGGCAUAGCUCAAGGCGUGCUCAAUUUCUACAGCGCAGUAAGUCUACGUAUGCUUCCUUCCUCCGUGCCGACAGGCAUCGUCAUCGUCAUCACUGCCAUGGAGUUCCUGCUCCCCAUAUGUGUGCAAGCAAUCCUUCUCAUUCGGCUUGCCGCCGUCUAUCGCCCGAGAGACCUUGCUCCGAAACUGUGCCUCGCCAUAUACAUCCCAGUCGUCGCGUUCAAGGUCGCGCGGCUGGUGAACGCCGGCAUAACCGUCCAGUAUCUGCUAUCACAUAUGCCAAACGAUGCUGGUGUCAUCGUCGCUGCCCAGAUUGUUUGGGGCACGAAGUACGUCAAGAUCGAAUGGUUUCUACAACUCUUCGAUGACAUGUACGUGAAGCUCUCCUGCAUCGCUGGUUGUGCGUACGCUGACGUCCUGUCUAGGUUCGUCUCUGGACUGUUCGUCUAUAGGCUUUACAGCCACAUCAAGGACAAGAGUAGCGCACAAGACUCCUGGGGCGACCGUUUCCGCACCCUCUUCUACAUCUUCGUCUCCAACUUCAUCUUCCCCAUCAUCUUCAACAUUGCCGAAAUCGCUGUCAUCUUCUACGACACGAACUUCUUGCACGGACUCGUCGUCGUCACCGUGAACUGCUACGUCACCAUCCUCGGCGUUCUCCUCGCUACGAUCUGGGGCCAAGGCUCCGCAAGGGGCACCCUUCCCGCUCUCGCCGGCGCGAAGGAAGGACACAAGUCUACAGCCAUGACCACCUUGCGGUUCGCGUCGCGCAACGCGCCGAACGCGGGAGGCCAGACGUCGCAGGACGCAGACGACGAGUUCGGAUUCAGCGAGGACGAGUCGAUGCCAUCCAUGAAGAUGGAGAGCAGCACGAGGGGCUCCGAUUCGAUCACACAGGGCUCCAUGGGGGAGGAGGUCCAGGAGAAGCGACUGUCUGCGUCCAGCACGGGACGGCCGACAGUACGGACUCGGACGACGCUUCGCGAGUCUGUGACGGCCGUCAAUGUACAGGAGCGUACAGACCCGCCUACCCCCGUGUCGGUCUACGCGUCCGAUCCAGAGUCGUUCCACACCGCAGCGGACGCCAUGUACGAUGCGGUAUAA